UAUGGGCUGCGAAGGGUUGACUGUGUACAAAAGCUCACAAUUUCCCCGGAGCAGCCACAGCCACUGCAGCUGCAGCUGCUUCUCUAAGCCGGUGCCGCUAGGACCAGUUUGUGGGACAGAACCCAGCCAAGCCACACUCGGGCUUCCACAGCCUGGUCAGGAAGUUUGGAGAAUGAAGCCCUUCAGUCCUGAGGUUUCCCCAGACCAACCCCAUGUCACUGCAGCCCACCUGCUUCGCAUCUGUACACUCUUCCUGACCUUGCUCGACUUGGCCCACGGCUCCAGAGGCUCUAUUGUAUCCAGCCAGCCAUUCAUCACUAUCUGGAAUGGAGACACCUAUAGUUGCCUGAAAGAUUAUGGAGUAGAUGUGGAUGUCAGUGUUUUUGAUGUGGUUGCCAACAAGGAGCAGAUCUUCCAAGGGCCUAACAUGACUAUUUUCUAUGACUGGCAGUUGGGCACCUACCCCUACUAUAAUAUAUCCACUGGGGAACCCAUAUUUGGUGGCCUGCCCCAGAAUGCCAGCCUGGUUACCCACCUCGCCCAGGCAUUCCAGGACAUCAAGGCUGCCAUCCCUGAACCUAACUUCUCAGGACUGGCAGUUGUCGACUGGGAGGCGUGGCGCCCACGAUGGGCCUUCAACUGGGACAGCAAAGACAUUUAUCGACAGCACUCAUUGGAACUAGUCCGGGCAGAGCACCCUGACUGGCCAGAAACUUUAGUGGAAGCCGUAGCCCAGGACCAGUUCCAGGAGGCUGCACAGGCCUGGAUGGCAGGCACCCUCCAACUGGGGCAGGUACUACGCCCCCGUGGCCUCUGGGGCUACUAUGGCUUCCCUGACUGCUACAACUAUAACUUUCUAAGUCCCAACUACACAGGCCAGUGCUCACUAAAUAUCCGUGAGCAGAAUGACCAACUACAGUGGUUAUGGAACCAGAGCUCUGCCCUCUAUCCCAGUAUCUAUUUGCCUAUAGCACUGAUGGGCACAGGCAAGUCACAGAUGUAUGUUCGAAACCGUUUGCGAGAGGCGUUCCGUGUGGCUUUAGCCUCCAGAGACCCCCGUGUGCCCAUACUGCCCUACGUCCAGAUCUUCUAUGAAACGACAGAUCAUCUUCUGCCCCUGGAGGAGCUGGAGCACACCCUUGGGGAGAGUGCAGCUCAGGGAGCAGCAGGAGCUGUGCUCUGGAUGAAGUCAGAAAAAACAAAAACCAAGGAAUCAUGCCAGGCCAUCAAAGAAUACGUGGAUUCCACACUGGGGCCUUUUGUCGUGAACGUGACCCGUGCGGCUCUUUUAUGCAGUAGAGCUCUGUGUUCCAGCCACGGUCGCUGCGUCCGCCACCCCAGUUAUCCUGAGACUCUCCUCACCCUCAACCCUGCCAGUUUUUCCAUUCAGCUAACACAUGAUGGCAAGCUCCCAAGCUUCAAGGGUCGACUCUCACUUGAGGAUCAGGCACAGAUGGCUAGGAAAUUCCACUGUCGGUGCUACCGUGGAUGGAGUGGCGAGUGGUGUCAGAAGCAGGGUACGUGGUAGUUGUACCAGGCCGCACACACCGAACACCUACCAUACCCAGGGGGCCUACCUAUGACUUCCUCAAAUACAGUCACGCACACACAAGUCAGGAGCACACUCAACCACUGUCACAGCCGUUAUGCACCCAUCGGGACAGUCACACAGUGAAUCAGAAUUAAGGGCAGGCACUGCUAAUUCUAGGCCUAUAAGGGCCUACUUGGCAAGAUCAUAGGCAGUUCCUCCAGAAUCUACAAGUCAGCAGUCACAAAAUCUGACAUUUACCAUAUGCCCAGCCCUGUGCUAAGCACACACUCGAAGUGGACUGACUCAGUCUUCACAGUUCCUCCUACCAGGGAGGCUGAGCACUUUUUACUUACUUAUUUCUUUGCUGUGCUGGGAAUUGAACUGUAGGACCUCACACACACUAAGCAAGUACUCUUAUCACAAAGCUAUAUUCCCAGCCGCUGAGGGCGAGUACUUUAGUCCAGUGUUGCCCAGCAAGAAGAGACAAGCAAGGCCAGGCAUGAUGAUGUACACCUUUGAUCCCAGCACUCAGGAGGCAGAGGCAGGAGGAUCUCUAUGAGUUCAAGGCCAGUCUGGUCUACAUUAUUGAGCUCCAGGACAGCCAGAACUACACAGAGAGACACCGUCUCAAAACAAAACAAACAAACAAAAACCCUAAACGAGAUGCAAUUGAAAUGCAGGCUAUCUGGCUCCAAAACAGAACCUUGCCCACCUUUGGUGUGUUGAUGGUACCCUAACAGGGCUGGGAAAACACAUUAACACCACUGUACAUGAUCUCUGAAUCUGCCGAGAGUACCAGCAUUUCUCAACCCGGCAAACUAAAGCUGUCCUAUUUUACUUAGCUCUUUGAUUAGCUUCUAAAAUAAGUAAGUCUCAGAAGGCACUGGAAAGGCUCUUCGCUUUCACUCAAAUAUUUUGUCUGAAGACGACUGCUUCCACCUCAGAACGUUUCCACGGAUGCACUAGGACUGGCGACGCUACCUGAGCGCAGACAAAACGAGAAACUCCAACCACUUUGAGCAUGUAGCAGGGAGAGGUGAGAGCGGAUCUUAGGAGAGAAGCUGGAAGUCGGCGCCGGGCCUGCAGGGGGCCGAGCCAAGAGGAGGCGGAGCCAACGAUCGGAAGCGUCUGGCCUUAUGGCCGCCGGAAAACUAGAAACCGAGGGACCGAAUGGGCCUACACUAGUUCUGUUGUGACGCUCAGAACCAGGGGCGGGGUGUCUAGGUGGUUACAUUCCAGGCACGGAGGACUUAGGAGGAGGUGUGCUGUCGCCUGCGAAGACUGCAGUGAGUCCUCCGUACUGCUGGGACCAGCGAAGGCAGACCGAGGAGUCGGUGCCAGAGACACUGAGAUACCGAACUGUGCGCAGGCAGGACGAGGCCCAUCCCGGAACUCGGCUUUAACAUGUCAGUAUCACCCUUA